GAUAGCCUUUGCUGUGACUUUAUCAUCUGGUCUACGAUCUCUUACGCGGUUAAAGAGAGACACGGAGACAGUUUGAUUUUUCUGUUGGCCUUUGGUUUGUUUGUUUCGAAUAUACAAUAUUAUUGUUAAGAGUUGGUAGUGUCUAGUAUCGCAAAUAACAACUCGUGCACCGGAAUUUUCGUUUAGUAUUUGUUCAGCCGAAUUUGUUGAUAGUUUAUUGCGUCAGAUCUGGCAUGGAUCCGGGUUCGGAGGCCUUUGUCUGAGCUCCUCUUUCUUUCUUCGGUUUUUCACGGUUAUGGGACAGAGUCGAACUUCAAGACAUAGCUCUGUUCUUCCAUCCAAAUCUCCAAUUUCCACUCCCACACAUUAUCGUUCUUCAACAAUGAAAACAAAACAGAUUUUUGGUGUGUCUCUCUCGCUCAUUCUCAUCAACCUGGCUGCUAUUAUGGAGCGUGCAGAUGUAAAUCUUCUUCCAUCUGUCUACAAAGAAGUUAGUGAAGCAUUUAAUGCGGGGCCAUCUGAUUUGGGUUACCUCACAUUCAUAAUGAACUUUGUUCAGGGGCUAUCAUCUCCUCUGGCUGGUAUACUUGUUAUUAACUAUGAUCGCCCAACAAUUCUUGCUAUGGGCACUUUCUGCUGGGCUUUAUCUACAGCUGCUGUGGGUGCUUGCCAAAAUUUUCUGCAGGUUGCAUUCUGGAGAGCAAUAAAUGGCUUUGGUUUGGCAAUUGUGAUUCCAGCACUGCAGUCUUUCAUUGCCGAUAGCUACAGGGAUGGAGCGAGAGGAACUGGAUUUGGAUUGUUUAGCCUUAUUGGUAACAUAGGAGGCAUAGGAGGUGGUGUUUUGGCUACGGUCAUGGCUGGCCAGCAAUUUUGGGGCAUUCAAGGGUGGCGAUGUGCCUUCAUUUUGAUGGCAACUUUGAGUGCAUUAAUUGGUUUCCUUGUUUUACUAUAUGUGGUUGACCCGAGAAAAGGAUAUACCACCACUCAUGAUGCUACUGAGAGUUCAGACAGGGAUGACUCUAUCUAUAAGGGCAGAGCUAGUGCAGCAUCAAUUUGGAUGGACUCUUGUGCAGCAAUGAAAGCUGUGAUCAAAGUUCCAACAUUUCAAAUAAUUGUCUUACAGGGCAUUAUUGGGUCGCUACCAUGGACUGCCAUGGUGUUCUUCACAAUGUGGUUCGAACUAAUUGGUUUUGAUAAUAAUACUUCAGCAACCCUUCUGAGUCUUUUUGCAAUUGGAUGUGCUAUGGGCUCCUUCAUUGGUGGAUCAAUAGCUGAUCAAUUGUCACAAGUCUACCCUCAUUCUGGUCGUAUCAUGUGCGCACAGUUCAGUGCCUUUAUGGGUAUUCCAUUCUCAUGGUUUCUUCUUAAGGUGAUCCCUCAGUCAGUAAGUAGUUUUCUUACCUUUUCUGUCACCCUCUUUUUAAUGGGACUAACUAUCAGCUGGAAUGCUACGGCUGCAAAUGGCCCUAUGUUUGCUGAGGUAGUCCCUGUCAAACACCGGACCAUGAUUUAUGCAUUUGAUCGAGCUUUUGAAGGCUCGUUUUCUUCGUUUGCGGCUCCACUGGUUGGUAUUCUUUCUGAGAAAAUGUUUGGCUACAAUUCAAAGUCUGUUGAUCCCAUCAAAGGAUCUUCACCAGAGGCUCUUGCCUUGUCAAAGGGCCUCCUUUCAAUGAUGGCAGUUCCAUUUGGAUUGUGUUGUUUGUGUUACACGCCACUAUAUUAUAUAUUUAAGCGGGACCGUGAAAAUGCUAGAAUGCUCGCCGUGAAAGAGGAGGAGAUGAUGUGAGAGACACUUUUUAAUUUUUAAGAAUGGUAGAUCAUGUCAAAGGAGCCCUCUUAACUCUCCUCUGCUUGUGACUUGGGUCCCAAUCGGAAUUCUCUCUAAAUCAUCUCCCCGGUAUACAAGAAAAGAAACAUUUGAAACCAUGCAUCUUCAAAUAAUGUCCUCCUUUGUUUUUCAUUUGAAGAGGCCUCUGUUGACCUUCCAUUCAUGGUUCAAUCAUGGCGAGGCUUCUGAGAAACGAAGUCGCACUGAGCGAUUGCUUACUCUUGACAGGGAUUAUCUGGCUGAACGGAUCAGAAACAUGACUAGAGUAUUGACAGCAAACUUUAUAGCAAAUUAGGGUAAUGAAACCUAUGCUCAUGCUGUUCUGUGGCACGACCACUUUGUUUUCCGUCGAUUGUGCAUUGUAAUAUACACAGAAUUGAAUUUGUAUGUUUGGAUUAAUUUCACAGUACAAUCUUAAUGCUAUUGAAACGUGUACGAACAACUUAAA